AUGACUGGACUGUUCCAUAAGUUGGAAUAUACGUACUCCACCACUGGCGAUAAAAUACAAAACCAAUUCUCGAUUGAUCCAAAGUCUUUUUGGCAAUAUGUUAAGGAUCAUACACGACCAUUAAAAAGGGAAUGUAUUGUAAAAGAUGGAAUAAAUUUAACGGAGAAGGAGAGUGCUAACGAAUUUGCCCAGUUCUUCAAAAGUGUUUACAGUACCGAGACGCCACAACUUGAUGUGAAUGCGGCAGCAGCAUAUGGGACGAGCAGCGCCCGUGUUCGCUUAGAUGAUUUCACCUUGCGGGAAGUAGACACUUUCCUUUUCAUAUAUAAUGUAUUCUCUUGUGUAAUAUCUGCGAUAAAUGGUAUAACAUCUACAGCAUCAAAAAUGAAGAUGCAGGCGCGAGCUUCGCUGAUGGCGCUGGCCGCGCUGGUAGCGUUGGUAGCUAGAGUCAACCUCAAUUAUGAUAAUCUUCAACGGCAUGUACUUCAGAGGUUCGUGGAAGAAGCCGUUUGA